AUGAAUACUAACUCACCAAGUUCCUGUAAUAAUGAAAAUAUAUUGCAAAACGAUGGCAGUCAAAAUUUUGUAAUAGCUUCCGAUAUACUGCCAAAAAAUCCUGCUGCUGCUACUGAACUGAAUAUUAGUCAUAAGCUUAUGGAGACAGAAUCAUCUAUUGCGAAGUUUGGAUUUGGAUCUACUGACUAUCAGCGGAGGUCAUCUCCUGUGCAGACCUCUGAAAUAUCUAACCAGCACGUUGUUCGUAACUCAUUUCGGGAUCUUACAAAUGUUUCGAUACCUAUGACGCGAUCUCCUACUUCAGCAUUGCGUUUUUUACCGUCCCAAUGUUUCUCAAUGGAAAAUGAUUCAGAAUAUUUGAAACGCUUGCAUUUUAAUGGCUCAUUAUGUCUAGCAAGUCUGGAUAAAAGUCGUUCUUCACAAAUCACGAAUGCAACAUCAAAUAAGAAGUGCUUAAGUGUUUCAAAUGGAACAAAUUCUUUUGGUAACUGUAUCAAGACAAAGCAGUUGCAAUUGCACCGUACUCAACGACGUUCUGCUUUCAAAAAACUUGAUCGAUUGAAGAAUAUAGUGGGAAUAUCAAACGGCAGUAGUUCUAGCAAACUUUACAACCUACUUCCAAUUGCUCGACGUAGCAGGACAGUUAGUGAACAUAGCGUUAUUGAAAAAUGUCGCGGCGAUGAUGAGGAUGAUAUUGAAAAUUUGGAAAAUGAAUUCAGCUUCCGGGCACAUCUGCAAGGUACGAGUCGCAAUACUUUGAUUUCCCCUUCAUUACCGUCAACAUCAACUCCAAAUAAGUUGGAAUCUCGCUAUAAAAAACGUCAUAUACCGGAUGAGACGAGUGUUACCGGAAGUGCGAAAAAAGUGAGAGAUGAGUCAAUGGAAGAAGGCGAUAACGGUAGGAUCGAUGAAAGUUUUGAAGAGAGAAUGGAUAUUGACAUGGCUGAACUGUCUCUAGGAAAACAGGACAGUGCAAUUGAAGGAUAUAAUUUGGGUAAUGAACCUGACGAAAGGGAUGUUUCAUUUUCUCCAACUAUGCUCAAUCGAUCUCAUUCAGCAAGUUACCUAGAAAUCGGCGCUAACAAAGAACCUGAGCCACCCCCUCUCCUUGAAGUUAAUUAUGAGUUGGAUACAGUUAAAAAUCCAGUUGUUCCUUCAACUGCCUUUGCAUGUAUUACUGCAAGAACAUUGGCCGAUCUGCUUAAUUCAAUGACAAGGGAACAAUUUUCGAAACGAUUUAUACUUAUCGACUGCCGUUAUCCGUUCGAAUUUAAUGGUGGACAUAUUCGAGAUGCUUAUAACUUAUUCGAUCCAGCUGAAGUGGAAAAUGUCUUUUAUCCUAAUGAUGUUGAAUUACGAGCACAAAUAAUGAAGAAAAAACCGAUUUUCUAUUGUGAAUUCUCGCAAAAACGAGGACCUUCAAUAGCAUAUGAACUUCGUGCACUUGAUCGUAAAGUUAAUGUUGGAAGAUAUCCAAUAGUAGAUUAUCCAGAAAUAUAUUUGCUGCAGUACGGUUAUCGCGAUUUCUACUUACGUUUUAAUGGCGCGCCAGAUCUUCUUGAACCGAAUGGGUAUGUGGAAAUGAAUGAUGAAGCACACGCAGAAGAACUAAAGAAUUACAAAUACCAUCGUAUUAAUUCAGUUGCUUCGGCUUAUCAUACACUGGCAAGAGAUCGUUAUAACAGACAACACAGGGAGGAGCUAAAUCCUAUUAUGGAAAUUGAUGUGAACAUGAAGACACCACCUCGCCGUAUGCUACCGAGGCGUUUAUUUGUUAAUUCACCCGAGUCUCCGUCACAAUUUCCAGAUGCAAGCACUCCUAAGAGCCGUCCUAUGAGAGACAGAGCAGGAGACGCACCAAGGAGAAGUGUUUGUCGACGAUUAUUUGAUGAUUUUAAAUGA